AUGUAUUUGGAGUCGACAGUUUCCAUUGAAACGCAGAGUGUCUGUCUUUCCGAGACCGAGAGCAAGACAUCUUUGGCAUCGUUGACUGGAAUGUUAUUGAAGUCUUGCAUCCUCGAAUCGAUUAACAAACCGCACCUUGAAGAGCUACCGCCAGUCUCCACUGCCGCGAGCACUGAACUUCAAAUCGACCCCUGGCACGCCUACGUCUAUGGAUCGCACUCUGAUUGA